AUGGGCACCUCGCCAGAUAAGGAGGUCAUCAUAUGCAACAGUGUGCCUGUAGAGAUCACUAGAAACCUCUACGAUGCUCUCUCCCAGCUCACUUUACAGAUGCCAGGUAUUGAGCUGUGGACCGAUAGCCUGUGCAUCAAUCAGAAUGAUCCCGUGGAGAAGCCAGCCCAGGUGGCCAUGAUGGGAGACUUGUACGCGUGUGCAACAGAGGUGGUCUGCUGGCUGGGCAUAGCCACGCUUUCAGAUCCGUUCUGUGGCUACAAAGCCGCUAUUGAUACCUUUCAAGGGAUAAGGUCGGGACAUCCACUCGAGGAGGAAUACCCCGGCUGUGCUAGUUGCGCAGGAUCAGUAUUUAGAUUGGGACUUUGCAAGGAUCGCACUCACCAAGAGAUUUCUGAUCGAUGCGACGGGCUUCAGGAACUGAUCUCGGCCAUGGAGUCUAGUCAGUGGUUUGAGAGAGUAUGGACGUUUCAAGAGUUCAUCUUGGCUCCAAAAGUCACAGUCCAUUUCGGCUCAUACGCCAUGCCUUGGCGGUAUUUUGCCCUUGCAUCUUAUGAGAUGAAUCGGAGUCACUACAAGUUCAGUUCUUCUUUCGGGAUGAGCAUGGGGGUUUCCGAGAUUCGUAAACUGAACGAGUUUCACAAUAGGUUCUGGAACGAACGGGGAAUCUCACUAGCAGAGGCAAUUGAACAGGUGCGAAUCCGCAACGCGACAGUGCAUCGUGACAAAUUGUAUGCCGUCAUGGGGUUAUCAUCGAGAACUAGGUCAUCUAGCAUCAAAGUGGACUACUCAAUUUCGGCUUCGCAGCUCUAUGCCAUGUUCACCCGUUUCUCAGUCCUGGAGGACGCCAAUCCCGGUGUCCUGUUGAGCAUUACACCCGGCCGUGCAGGACAGCCACAUGAUCCUGCUUAUCCAAAGCUUCCUAGAUGUCCUAAUUUGCCUGUUUGGGCUGUAGAUUGGUCGAUAGACCGGCUAGCGACUUCAAGCUACCAUAUCAACGUGGGAACUCUGCCUAGCCUCGCGUCUGUCGGAGAGUCCCUGAAUAUAUACUCUAUCGUCAUUGGAUAUCUUCCUGCAGACGAUUACGAUUUCCUCAAGAGAACAAACGGGAUCGACUUGCCAAACUUUAGGCGACUUCCGGAUUGUAUAAGUGGCCACAAUAGACUUAGGGACGGCCUGACCGGACCGCAAUUCAAAGUGAACCAAUGCCAGUGCGCACCUCCGGGCUACUUGAUUGCUGAUAUCGAGCAGCCCGAAAGGUUGACACAAACUUAUAUAGAGCCUGCUAGUCUAUUGGAACGGUUCAAUUCACACCGGCUGGGCGAGUGUUCUUGUCAUGGUGUGAAUACACUGGCUGGCGACACAUUGCGGUGGGUCUGUCUCCUUGCAAAUCCCCAAGGAUGGAUGGCUGCCUCUGUCUUUGUGAUAGAGUUGCAUUGGAAGAAGUCGAGUCUUCUUGGUGAGUAUAAAUGGAAUGUGUCUUGGAGCGAUGAGUAUCGGUCCACAAAGCAAGAUGUCGAGGGUAAUGUUUUGUAUAAAUAUCCGUGCAUCCUCUCGCCCGUAGUUUUCUAA